AAAGGCGCGAAUGACUUGUACUGAACACUAAUGGCUCUGGACAAGUCCACGUUCGAAACCCUCGUCCCGUCGCGCUUCGUCACCUUCACAUUCCCCAAUCCUUCUUCUCUCUCCGCCUCCGGCGACCGCCGCCUUCUCCGAGUCGCCGUCCUCGACUCUCCCAUCCAACCAACCCCCUCGCCCCGAGUCGCCGCCAUGCUCGUCCCCUCCCAUCGCGAGCACGACUGGAUCUUCUCCACCGAACCCGGCCACCUCCAGCUCCUCCUCAGCUCGCCCGGCCUCUCUCGCCUCAUCCUCAUUGGCGAGCAGCCGGCCGAUGGACGCGGUUCGGCGCUCGGUUUCCGCCGUCAGAUGGAAUGUGAGCGAUCGCGGAGGGAGGGUCUCGAAGAGAGCUUGAAGCCUCUGGUUUUGGCUCUGUCUCCGAGGAUUUGCUUUGAAAUCGGAGUUCCGGAGGUAACAUUCUUAAGUUAUGAAGAUAAUUUGGUUGCUAGUGUGACGCUUGAAGUGUGCAUUGGUGAGUUUGUUGGCGAAAUGUUAGUUGAAGAUGUGGAGAUAGAGAGGGGCAGUGGCUGCGGAGAGAGAGAGUUUAGAAGAAGAUUGAGGUUCAAAAGAAUGCCGAAUUUGGUUCAGACUCAAGUUCGUAUUGUACCGCGAGAGAAUCAUGGUGAGACAGAGGGAGGUUUCAGAAUCGAGGAAAUGCAAUACAGAAUUGAUGCUAGAGUUUUGGUACAUCCAUAUUUGGCUCCCAUGGUGGCGAGCUUAUCACUGAUUGGUUUUCACAUUGAUGAGCGGAUUCGGAAGGGGUUGAGGCCGAAAGCAUUUUGUGCUGGUGUCGGUGGUGGUGCUUUGCUUGCUUUCUUAAGUGGUCAAUUGGGUUUUGAGGUCCUGGGUGUAGAUGUAGAUGAGAUGGUCUUGAGGGUUGCGAAACAGUAUUUUGGGCUUGAAGAUGGUGACUUUUUGCGUGUUGUAGUUGGGGAUGCAAUUGAAUGGAUAGAAAGAGUUGCAAGCUGGAAAACCGAGGGCACUUUGGUUGCCGGGUACAGUCGUGAUUUGAGUGUUGCUGAUGGUAUGGAUGGUAAAUUUGAUGUAAUUAUGGUGGAUUUGGACUCAAGUGAUGCUAGUACUGGUUUGGUAGCUCCACCAUUAGAGUUUGUGAGGAAGCCCGUUCUGCUAGCUGCCAGAUCACUCCUUUGCGAGUUUGGAAUUCUUGUAAUUAAUGUGAUUCCUCCCGAUAGGUUUUAUUAUGGGACAAUGAUUAACGAAGUGAGGGAUGUCUUUCAUGAUCUGUAUGAAAUUGAUGUGGGGAAUGGGGAAAAUUUUGUGCUUAUUGCCACAGUGGCAUCUAUUAGAGAUUGUUCUGCGUAUGAUGUUUCGUUUAUCAUGAAGCUGAACUCAAUACUUUCUGGUGCUUACAUGGACUCUAUUAGGAAAAUCUGAAGUCCUAGGGAAGUGCAAGUUUACUCUAAACAUAGUCAGAGAAAAGAUGGCUGUACCUUUUGCACACAGUAAGAGCUUAAUAGUUUUUCUCAACAAAUAAUGGCCUUGGCUAUCUUCCUUCAACCCUCGUUUCCUGGGAGCCGGGCGUUUUCGCAUUAUUUUAGCAGUGCUAGUUCUGAGGGUUGAUGAGUUCGUUGGUGCAGGAGUGUGAUUUUCGAUAUACCCUGAACCGACCAUGACAUGACUCGGAGAGGCCACUGUGGUUUCAAGAUGGAGACUAAUUAAUACUAUGGUGGUUGUCUUUAGACUACUGAUGUUGUUAUUGCACAAAAACCUUUGGGAAGGAAUUGUUCCAUCACUGCAGAUAACCAGUAAGUGGGAGCUAUCAUUUGGUUAGGAAUGCUGAAUCCGUAGAAUGUAUAGUGCCAUUUGGUUGUGGAGAGAUGAGUGGCUAGUGUCAAGCACACUUAAAGGGAGGUCAGCCAAUGCAAAUUAACAGAUGGUAUUCCCUACGGGGUAAUGUCGAGCCCCCAUUUGGAAAAGCAAAAGCACUGUUCGGGGUUUGAACUUCACUUGGCAAUCUACUUGAGA